ACCCUCUCGCUCUCUCACCGCUCCAUCUCUCCCUGCGUUUUCGAUUCUGCUUUUUGGAGCGAUCAGAGAGAGACUUUGCUGCCACCAUGCUUGUCUAUCAGGAUUUGCUCACCGCUGAUGAGCUUCUUUCCGACUCAUUCCCAUACAAGGAGCUCUUCAAUGGAGCCCUCUGGGAAGUUGAAGGAAAGUGGGUUGUUCAAGGAGCCAUUGAUGUAGACAUUGGUGCAAAUCCUUCGGCUGAAGGUGGUGACGAAGAGGGUGUUGAUGAUCAAACUGUCAAAGUGGUUGACAUUGUUGACACAUUUAGGCUUCAGGAGCAACCACCAUUUGACAAGAAGCAGUUUGUCACUUACAUGAAGAGAUACAUCAAGUUGUUGACACCUAAGCUCGAGGGGGAGAAGCAAGAGGAAUUCAAGAAAAACAUUGAGGGAGCAACUAAGUUCCUGCUGUCAAAGCUCAGUGAUCUUCAAUUUUUUGUCGGAGAGAGCAUGCAUGAUGAUGGCUCCCUGGUAUUUGCUUACUACAAGGAUGGAGCCACUGACCCAACAUUUUUGUACUUCGGCCAUGGGUUGAAGGAGAUCAAGUGUUAAGCAAGCACUGGGCCUCAUAAGACUUAAAGGACAAGUUGCAUGCUGUAGUUCUAGUUUUUAUGUGUCGAUGACUAAAGAGGCAUCAAGCCUAGUGUUUUGGGUUUUGGUGUUAUUUUCUUAUUAUGACAGCUCUUUUUAUUUAUUUUUAUGAGUGUUCCAGGUUUGAUUGAGAAAAUAAACUAAUUAUUUGGUGUGGACUUAAAUGUUUUUGGCAUA